CUAAUAAGUAUAUAAGUGAUCGUAGACAGUCCGUUUUGGUGACAAAUUGGACUGUUUGAUGGGGGAAAAUGCCAGUGUAACUGGGAGACCACUGAAGUUAUGGACAGGGGUACGGCGUAAGUGGAUGGGCGUCGCCGAGUCGGACACACCCCCGCCCCUUGAUUGGCCGCCGAACUGCGCUCCGGCUAAAGUUGGAAAGUCGCAGCCCGAGAAGUGCUUCUGUAUGGGGAUCCAGGGCGAAGGGGAAGGAGCUCGGACAGUCGACAGCCUGUGGCCCUGCUCUGAACGGCCUGCCGGACCGCCCCAUCGUCGGAGCUGAGGCUGAUUCCUCGGACCCCUACAGGAAAAUGUCCCUCUUUGCCUGAGAACAAGCAGCUCGCCAGCUUCCACCAUGAAUGUGGGUGCCGAUUCCCAUCCCGGCGCCGGCCAGUAUCUCAUCUGUAACAACUGUCAGAAAGUGAUCAGGAAAAAGGAGCAGGGUGUGAAGCGUCCGCAGCUCCACAUCAUCGGCCCCAGCUCCUUCAUCCCAGAAAAUGAGAUCCUGUCCACGGAGAACAACACCAUCUUGCUUCUGGCUGAAGAGUUCUCCACCAGCGGCCGUGUGGACCACCUGACCCAGGUGAUGGGUCUGCACCCUCAGUAUCUGGCCUCCUUCUUGGAGAGUCAGUUCUACCUGCUGCGCAUGGAUGGACCCCUGCCCCUCCACUACCGCCACUACAUCGCCAUCCUGGCCGCCGCCCGCCAUCAGUGCUCCUUCCUGGUGAAGAUGCAUGCACGAGAGUUCUACCAGAUGGGUGUGUGUGUGGAGUGGCUGAAGGGGCUCCAGUACGCCCCCCAGAGGCUGAGGAAUCUCAGUGACAUCAACAAGAUCCUGGCGCACAGGCCCUGGCUCCUCACCAAGGAGCACAUCCAGAAACUGGUGAAGACUGGCGAGAGCAGCUGGUCCCUGGCCGAGCUUGUGCACGCGGUCGUGCUCCUCGCUCACUUCCACGCUCUUGCUAGCUUCGUCCUCGGCUCUGGCGUAAACCCCCAGCAGGAUGGCAUGGUUCCGGACGGCUUCACACACACAAGUGUCAGCAAUGAGUGUGUGUGUGACUUGGACAGCGACAGCAGCCCAGAGGAGACAUUCUUCAACGAUGCCGGUGGUGGUGAGACGAUCGACUCGGUGAGCGAGCUGGAGGCGCUGAUGGAGCGCAUGAAGAGGCUGCAGGAGGAGAGGGAGGAUGAGGAGGCAUCGCAGGAGGAGAUGGCCACGCGCUUUGAGAAGGAGAAGAAAGAGAGCCUCCUGGUGGCCUCCACAGGCUUCGAAGACGAGGUGAUCCCGACCUCCCAAGUGUCCCGCUUCGUGGAGGAUGCGACCUUCGGCUAUCAGGACUUUGCCAGGCACGGGGAGGACAACCCCCCCACGUUCCGGGCCCAGGACUUCUCCUGGGAGGUGCACGGCUUCUCCCUGGUCAACCGGCUCUACUCGGACAUCGGACUCCUGCUCGACAAGCGGUUUUGCACGGUCUACAACCUGACAUACUACAACAUGGCCACCCACGAGGACGUGGACACCACCAUGCUGCGGAGAGCACUCUUCAACUACGUUCACUGCAUGUACGGCAUGAGGUAUGAUGAUUAUGAUUACGGUGAGGUGAACCAGCUGCUUGAGCGAAGUCUGAAGGUUUACAUCAAGACCGUGACCUGCUACCCAGAGCGGACCACACGCCGCAUGUAUGACAGCUACUGGCGGCAGUUCCGUCACUCCGAGAAGGUCCACGUGAACCUCCUCCUUAUGGAGGCACGGAUGCAGGCUGAGCUUCUCUACGCUCUGCGUGCCAUUACCCGCUACCUGACCUGAACCCUCCGGCCACCAGGGGGUGCUCCUGCGCUGGGCCCCCUUUUGGCAGACAAAAGGGGUUGUGCUUGUGUCCCCAUGACUCCCCUCACCCCUGGCUCUUCUCCUUACCUAAGCACCAAUAUCGUGCCUCAAUUUGAGCAAAGCCUGAUCUGCCCCCAACCGCCCACCCCCGCCCGCAGAUUUCUGGAGAGUACCUGAGGGAGUAGCGGCCGUUUUAACUGGCUCGGUGGCAGUGUUUCAUGCAUUGUGUUGAGAGGUGUUUAACCUGGGCCAUCUGGAAAGCGGAUCUCGAUGAUAUUCAGGGCAAAAUCGGUGUGUGUGGAACACUGCCGGGCCCCUCCGUCCAUCCGCCGUUAGGAAGUGCUCUGAAAAUGUGAAAGUCACUGAAAAGUGGGAGAUGAGUACGUAGAAUGUUCUGGCAUUCUGGCCAAGUAACCUUUAUGCUGAAAAAUAUAUUCCGUUAGCAUAUAAAUAACAGGUGGGGUCACACUCCAGGCACGCUCCUCACAGGCUCCCCUCCCCGCGAGAAAGUGCCUACAGUCACAUUAGUCAGCCAAGCCAAACCCAAGAGUAUUAAACCAAUUUGGACGACAUCCCCAUCCUUGAAAUUGAGAGAUUCCCUCUCAAACCCCUGCACCAGCAUUUUUAUAUUGCAAAUGACAAAUGUGUGGCCUUCUGCUGCCCUGGAACAACCACGUUCUCCUCGGAAGUCAGCACUGGUCAUUCCUACUAGUGCCAUUGGUUCGGUUAGGUGAACCCAGGAAGUGAUGCAAAUCCUUGUGUAUCCCAGAAUCCUCCGCUUCCGUGGCCUGAAGGGUGGGCGUGCUGCCCCGGCCGAGGACGGAGUUAGCGACAUUGGGCUCAGGGGAGCUGAAGAGGUAGGAAAUUCAUCUCCCAGCUCUGUGUACCUUCAGUGGACAGUUCCUUAAGUGCAAUAUUCAUCUCCUCUAUUUUGUAGAAGAGUUUUACAGAUAGAAAUACUGUACUAAAGUAUGAUCCCUUUGGAGAAUUCAGCUGAGUUGCAUGCAAAUAUAUAUAGUUUUCAUAUUUGCAAAGAUUUUUUUGCACAUUUGUUGAGUUUCAGGACUUAAAGAUGCUUUGUUCCCUUAACGUCCGUGUCCCCGAGCGUGCCUGUGACCGUGCGGCGCCUCUUUCAGGACCCGUGUCUUUUUGGCAGUAUGUCACAGACUGGUUUUGCUGGUCCCCAGUCUCAGCCAUUCUGACAUGUUCUGUUCAGUAUUAAAUACGUAUGCAAAUUCCAGAAAAAAAAAACUGAAUAAGUUCACUUAGUGCUCUGGAACAUACCCCCCCCCCCAAAGGAAA